AUGAAUACGCUGAGCGUUGUGCCUUCUGACCCGCCGGAGAUGUAUGGAAAUGUGUCCGGAACGGGGGAGGCACCUUUCUUUCUGUACUGCAAUCAUUGUAGAUGGGACUCGGCAGAAGUGGGGAUCACGUUUGAGAAACCGACAGGCCUUGCUGCCCAAUUGCACAAAACGGAAGAAUCAGCUCCAGAGGCCCUCGAAUUUGAUAGACUUCGCGAACAUUUCGAGCCUUUCAUACGCGCAUCGUCGUUAGCCGCGUCGACUUCGGGCUAUCCUCCACAUAUCCAUGCGCAUACACACCAGUCUACCGCGAUGGCCGGUGCGUCGGCCGCGCUCAGUCGCGAUGUUCCUGGGAUGGGUAGGUACAAUAAUGCUCAUGGGCGCACUCCAGGUCGGCCGGGUAGGGACAGGACGGCCAACAAGGACGAAUUUCCGGUAUACAAAAGCAGGAUGGAUGUCGUGUCAGCAGCAAGUUUAGGCGGUGGUGGGGAGCGCGAUGUGGAGCUGAUGCAACAUCUCGAAAGCCCGUACGAGGUAGCGAGUAUAGAGCAAAGAUGGGAAUUAAGUUGGAUGUCGUCUUUCAAGGUCGAUGACUUGAAGCCUCUUCGUGUCCCCCUCCAUGCCAAACGAACGAAACGAUGUCCUGCAUGCACUCAUAUUCUCAUCAAGCCUGAGCAGAAGGCUCAGUCUGUGCGAUUUAAGAUCAAACUCAUGGCUGCGAAUUAUCUGCCGGCGAUCGUCAUCACACUCCCUCACGUUCAGAACGCUCGUCCGACUCCCCAGGAUGCGAAGAGGACCCUUGGAAGAUCAACAGCUGCUCCCCAAGCCGAGGACGAGAAGAGUUUGGAAAGCCAAGGUGGGAUGAACGCGGGGAAGACAUAUCCGUUUCAUCUGGCGUUCACCAACCCCUUGUAUGAUCCAAUACAAGUUAAGCUUUCCGUUCAACGCGUACAAUCCUCUACAGCAACGCCAGUGACUGCGAUCACCAGUGCUAGCGCCGCGGAGACAGCUUCUAAAGAUAGCCCCAGUGUUCCAGAGAAGGCGCGGAGGCCACCCUUCGCCAUUUCAUUGCCAACUUCUUUCUUCGCUGUCGCCGCGUUUGCGGAAGCCUGGGAGUACGAUGACGACGAAGACAUGUUUGACGACGAAAGUCUUGGUCUGGGAGGGACGGGCUAUGGUGCUCUCGGCCGUGCUGCACGCGAAAAAGAAGCGAAGACGAAAACAAAGAACGUUGGUGUAUUGGAAAAAAGAGCGAAUGUCACCGUUGUUGGCGGUGAAGUCGUGAUUGGCAAGGAGGCGAAGGGUAAUGUUAAAUUUAACAUGCUUGUCACCUACACAUACCGGUCGGACGAAGGCGGCGCUUUGGAUGAUCCGACGACGGAUUCACCAGUCAAAUCCGGUUCGUCGAAGCAGGCCUCCUCCCUGCAACAACCAGAUGUGAAAACAUUUGCUUUCUACACGGUCGUUGAUCUAGGACCGAUUAUACCACGCGAAGAGCCGAAAGUGGUCGACUUUGAGCUUUGA